UUUUAGUACUCUUAAAAUAAAAGAGGAGCUUUUAUUUUGAAAUCUGAUCACGUCUGUAUGCACAUGUCUUUAGAGCGAGAAGCAGAACAGAAGAGUAAGAGAUAUCGUCGUGUUGUGUUCAGGUCCUCUGAUCCACAGACAUGGACCCAGUUCUGGAUGCAGAUCUCAAAAAGUGAUUCAGGAAACACCAUCCUGGGACGACCAGCUGGCCUGUAAACCAGCGACGACACAUCUUAAGAGAACAAACAGAUGUUUAAAACUAAUCCCACAUCACAAUAACUAAAUACAUGAAAAGGAAUCUCAUCAGAUAAAUAAACUAAGGAGACGUAGAGAUGUCAUUCAGAGGUCUGAACUCUUUUCCGCCAGAUCUCACCAUCGUCCUGAUUGGUAAAUCAGGAGUUGGUAGAAGUGCUUCAGGAAACACCAUCCUGGGACGAGCAGCGUUUGAGUCUAAGCCGGACUCUGACCCAGUGACGACAGAGAUCUCUGAACAAACAGGAAAUGUGUUCAGGAAACAGAUCUCAGUGGUCGACACUCCAGGAAUAUUAGAGAGCGAGGACACAGAGAAGAAGAUUAAGAAGUUCUGUCAGGAUCUCCUGCAGUCCUCCAGACCUUGUCUGUUUCUGGUGGUGAUCAGAGUCGGACGGUUCACACAGGAGGACCAGGAGGCUGUGAGAGCAGCUAUGGAAGUCCUCGGGCCUCAGGGGGUGAAAAAGAGCUACCUGCUCUUCACUGGGGGUGAUAUGUUACAGGGCAGGACACUGGAGGAUUUUAUCUUUAAAGAUAAAGAGGAAGGAAAGCUUCCAAUAGUUGUUAUAAAGUUUGCAGGGCGGUAUCACCUCUUCAACAAUGAAGAUGACGAUGAAGAACAAGUCAGAGAGCUGUUGCUGAAGUCCGGCCACCUCAGGACCCAGGACCAGCCUGAUCCACCAGGUCAAGCUCAGCUGAAGGCUGAAGUGGACAAGCUGAAGGCUGAAGUGGCCAAGCAGAAGACUGAAGUGGACAAGCUGAAGGCUGAAGUGGACAAGCAGAAGCAACAACCACAAGUCCGACAGGUUGCAUUCUCAGCCUCUCUGAUGGCUGGUGGAGGUGAUUCGACUACUGGAACCUUUCCCUCGGACACUACCCUGAUCUUCAAAAACGUUAUCACCAACAUCGGAAAGGCCUACAACCUAGAAUCAGGUGAGUUCACUGCCCCGGUGAGAGGAGCGUACCACUUUGAGUGGACGGUCGCUGCAUAUGGAGACGGCAGACACGCUUCAGCUGCUGUGUUGUACAAGAACUCAGAGAGGGUUUUCAUUGCAUUUGAGUAUCAGGCGACCGGUUUUCUGAGUUCCUCUAAUGCCGCUACACUGCUGCUGGAGGUGGGAGAUGUCGUGUCUGUGCGUGUGAGGGCUAACAGUAGGGCGUUUGACAAUGAGUUUAACCACACCACCUUCAGUGGGUUUCUGCUGUUCCCCAUGUAAGACAGAAACAGCAGCUCUGUGAUAGUCACACAGGUUGUUGUCUUAAUCAAGUCUUCAUAGAACUUCAUAGAUUUAAUCAGAUUUCAUCUGCAUCCAAAUAAUAAGUAGUAAUUGAAGAGAGGCAUCUUAUCUGGUUAAUAUUUCUGAUUCUCUCUUGUUUCUGUCAUUUUAAUUAAAUAAUAAACAUAUAUCAUUGCAAUUACAUCUGGGAGUGUUUCCUUAAUCAGUUUGUUUCAACUCUAACUUAUUGAAAGCAGAUAAUCCAUCAUCAUAGCAGUAUAAAGAAACAGAGAAUACUAAGCUGUUGUAACAGAUCAACUCUGUACGAUGUCCACAUGAGACUCUCUGGACAUUUUACAGCUUCCUUUUCUCACAUCUAACUUUUAUUAAAGAAUAAACAUAUCAUUGUGAUG